AUGAACAUUUCUAUUAGCAAAACCAAAUGUAUGACAAUCGCGAAGGAUCCGCUCAGAUGUAAGCUGGUGGUGGAGGACAAUCCCAUAGAACAAGUGAUGCAAUUCAGAUAUCUGGGCAUAGACAUAUCAAGUACCCACGACCCAGCUAAAGACCUAAGAAGCCAGAUUAACAAAGCAUCCGCACUAUCAGCAUGCCUACGAGAUAUAGUCUGGUCCAACCCGUACAUGCGCAAAGAUAGCAAAAUUAGAAUCUACGAGACUUGUAUCAGACCCAUCAUGACGUACGGCACGGAAGUCCGAGAGGCCACCAACAAGACGAAACAAAUGCUGAAGGUGGCCGAGAUGAAAACACUGAGAUCAAUAGUGGGGAAAACAAGAAGAGACAGAAUAAGAAACACAGAUGUCAAAGAGCAGUGCGGGAUACAAGACAUUGUAAGAUGGGGAAGACAACGUAAGAGAAAACAACCUAGAAACAUCCUAGAAAACAACCCGCCCGGCUCAAGGCCUCCCGGGAGACCACCUAAAAGAAACCUAGAACUGGUAAAAGUUGAGGGAUUUGAAUAUACAGACGACAAAAUAAUAGUAGCAGAUACAUUUAAGAAAAUAGAUGAUAGGUAG